AUGUUGAGAAUCCUUUGGGCUACACUCAUCGAAAACCCGCCGCCGCCGUUACCGCAUCCGUCAGAGUGCGAUCAAUCGCCGCCGCCGACUGUCGAGAUGUUCCAGAAGCAGCGGGCGUCGUCGUCGCACGGACCACCGCAUCUGCAUCUGCAGCAGGGACCGCCGCCGGCGUGGCAGCCGCCGCGUCCGCCCGGACACGAGCACGACUACACUAAUGACUAUGAGGAUCCCGAGGAGAUGGCAAAAAAUGCUCACGCCAAUUUGCUAAUGAACACGACGCCGUCUUCCAAUUAUAAUUCGUAUGAGAUGUCACUAUCUCAGCAGCGACGCUCUCAGCAGCAGCAACAACAGAACGCCAUCGCUCCGCCGAUGUUGGAUUCGUGGAAUAUUGAAGGCGGAGGUGUGCUUCAUAAGAAUGCCGACGGAGCCUAUUAUAUUCCAUCGGGCUCUUUGCGAACCACCUCGUCGACACUCUCGCCGGCAUCCGGAACGCGAUAUUUGGAUCAGCCGACGUCAGCUGCUCCAGCUCCUGCACCGAACACGGCAUAUUCGUCGGAUGCGAGCGCCACACUACUGAAAUAUCCGCUAACUGGAACGCAGCCGAAUCGCAGACGUCAGGUUGCCACGAUGACGCCGGGCGACACGGGAAAGAAGAAGAAGAAGAAGCUCGAAGAGGAGAAUGGGUGCUGUAAAUCGGGACCAUCGAAAUGUACACUACUUCUUGCCGCUGCUCUCAUGUUUGCCAUUAUUGUGAUUUUAUUUAUGCUAUUCAAAUCUCCGUCAUACGUGUACACUGAACCAUUACCGGAUGCCCAGGAUCCGAGCGCUUCGUCAAGAUAUUCGGAAUUGGGAAUUCGCGCGCUGCCGCCGGCAAUUAGUCUCGGCGAACGCAUCGAUGUCGAGUUUUAUCCGCGGCAUAUGGCUACAACCGAACUUUUGAUCUCGCGACCAUCUCGAAUUGUUUUCAACACCACGAUCGGCAGCGGCGCGCAAUUGGUGUUGCUGAUUCGCGCCGGUGUACCGCCAUCGCUGUCCCUUCACGAUGCGCUAUUUCCGAUACGCGCCGAUCGCAUCUACGACGCGAAAACGCCGAGCCACAUUGUCGAGGAAGUUGGACGAGCUCGAAGAAGUGUCGGCGUUGAGAUUUUGUCGCCGAGAAGUGCGACGUUCGAGCAAUUCAUGCUCGAAGGUCGUCAUUUUCUCACGUUCAUCAACGAGCGCAAUCGCGUUGAGCCGAUUUCGUUCGUCGCCGACCAACUUGUGGCGGCGACGAAAUCGCCGCGGCCGGCGAAACCCGGCGAGCAUCCGUUGGCGCCGUUGCUCACGUGCGAGGCCAACUGCAACAAUCGCGGCGAGUGCGUCAAAGGCAAAUGUCGAUGCGCGAAUGGGUAUACGGGAAAUGCUUGCGAAGAAGCAAUUUGUCCAGUCGUUUGUAAUGGGAAUGGCGUCUUUUCCGGCGGUUCUUGCAUUUGCAAAUCGGGCUUCAAGGGCAAAGAAUGCGAAAUGCGCGCGAAUUGGUGUGAAGUCGCUGAUUGUAACGGACGCGGAAAGUGCGACACCGAGGGACGCUGUCAGUGCAAUUCGGGAUGGACUGGAGAAGCUUGUGAGAUGAAAGCUUGCGCACAUCCCACGUGUCACGAUCACGGCGUUUGUGUCAAUGGAACUUGCUAUUGUGCUGACGGAUGGAGAGGAAAGGAUUGCUAUCAGUUUGCCGAUGCUGUUGUGAGCCCGACGUUGCCACUGCCGACUCCGACGUCGACGAAAGAAACGCCGAUUAGGAAUCGACCGAAGGUUAAUCGCGAACUCGAAGAAGCGCCGACGUGUUCUAGUCACGGCAAGCUCAUUGAAGAAGGAUUGUGUCUGUGUGAUGAUGGAUUCGGUGGAGCCGCGUGUGAGAAGAGAACUUGCGAGAAUUGUGUGCAUGGAAGCUGCAAGGAAGGCGUUUGCCAAUGCUGGAACGGAUGGAACGGAUUGAAUUGCGAUCAAUUGGAAUGCGCGAUCGGAUGUAGACAACAUGGAAAGUGCGAGGACAAUGGAACGUGCUCAUGCGAGAAGGGAUGGAACGGGGAAAACUGCCAACUACAAGGAUGCCCGAACGGAUGUUCCGGCAAGGGUGAAUGCGUCAUGAAUGGAGAAUGGACGUGUAAGUGCCAGUCAGGAACGACGGGGCCGGAUUGCUCGAUGAACAUUGAAAUGCACUGUGACGAUGGGCUUGAUAAUGAUAGCGAUGGAUUAGUAGAUUGCGACGAUCCGGAGUGCUGUGAUUCGCCGAUGUGUUCCGAGGAGAGCAUGUGUUCGGUGGCGAUUUCGCCGACGGAAGUCCUCCUUCGAAUGCCGCCGAUUUUCAACGCGGAUUUCGCGCAGCGUGUCGCGUUUCUGAUCAAAGACAAAUCGGUGCAGAGCUACGCGGACGCGAGUCAGUUCAACGCGAGCUUGAUUUCGGUGAUACGCGGAAAAGUUGUUUGGAAAGGAAGUGGAGCCGACGAAUCGAAGGUGACAAUCGCGCUAGCCGGUGUUCGUGUUUCUGAUGCCGCUCAUCCGCUCUAUGGAUUCACGUUGACUCGAAAUGACGGCUACUUCGAUUUGGUUGUCAAUGGAGCGCGAUCGAUCAACUUGCAGUUCAUUCGAACGCAAUUCCAGGCGAUCAAACGGUCUGUCUACGCGCCAGCCGGUCAAAUUGUUCACAUCGACGAUGUCAUUCUGCAACGUUCGACAACCACCGGCACUCUGCCGCAAUCGCCACCGGCGCGUGCGAAAUGCUCGCCGACAAUGCGACGAAUUCCGGAAAGUGUGACGUUGACGUCGAAUUGGCAAUACACGUCGGACGGAAUCGAUGCGAAUCGAUCGAUGAUUGCCGUCGACACGAGAAGCAUUGUUGAUGCGAUACCAAUUGCCGGAACGGACUUGAAGUUGAUUUAUGAUUCUGCUCGAAGCCCAUCGGCGCCGUCAACGUUGCUCAUCGGAUUGCUUGAGGAUCAAGUCGACGUCGAUCUUCGUAAGAUUCAUUUGAAUAUCAAGAUUGCUGGAAGAAGAUUUGAUUAUACAUUAUCGCCAAGAAUCAAUCUUACACACAUAUUCACUUGGGAUAAGAUGAACGCCUAUCGUCAAAGCGAAUCCGGAUUGGUUCCGGCGAUGGUUCGAAUUGGCUAUGAAUAUGCUGAUUGCGAACGCGAAUCGGAAAUUGUUUGGAUUUCGAGAAGUGCUUUGAUGCUUGGAGCGACUUCGAGAAAAAUGAUUGGGACCAUGUGGACUGUUGAUAUCCAUCAUCACUUGGAUAUUGUCAAUAAUAUUGUCGAGAUGGGAGACGGAGGCUAUCGGCUGAUCUCGGAGUCAGAGCCGCGAGUGACCACAAUUGCUGGAAUUGAAGGGAUCAAGCGCGACAUCGAUUGCGUGGAUUGCGAUGGCAAACUUGAUCGCAUCGCGUUGUUCCGACCAACUAGUUUGGUCUACGCCGCCGAUGGAAGUUUGAUUGUUGGCGAUCACAAUUUGAUUCGACGAAUUGCUCCCGAUGGAAGUGUCAACACGAUUUUGAGCUUGUUCUUGUCGGAUACGUCACAUUCCUACUAUCUUGCGGUUAGUCCGUUCGAUGGAAGCAUCGCGAUCUCGUUGUCGCUUCAUAAGCAAAUUUGGAAGAUCGCUAGCUUGACUCCGCACGAUCCGAGGAGCAACUAUGAGAUCAUCGCUGGAGAUGGAAAAGUUUGCGGAUCGAAUGUUGGAUCGUGCGGCGACGGUGGAUUGGCACAGAAUGCUCAAUUGAUUUAUCCCAAGGGAAUCGCUUAUGAUCGCAACGGAAAUCUUUACCUGGCUGAUAGCAGAAGGAUCCGUGUGAUUGACACCAGUGGGCACAUUCGAAGCAUCGGCGGAACCACCGAAGACUUCCAGCCACCACUGCAUUGUCCGAAGAUGGUCAAACUUGCCGAUUUGCGAUUGCAAUGGCCGACGAGUUUGACGGUGGAUCACAACUCUGGACUCGUCUACGUUCUCGACACAAGCGUAGUUUAUGAGAUUGAUCCGAUUCGCGAUUUAUCGGGAAUUGUUCUUGGCGCGCCGGUGGCGUGCGAAUCGGCGAAUAGUUCGAUGAACGAAAUUCGAAACGCGAAGGAUAUCGCCGUCGAUCUCGACGGUUCGAUUUUGGUCGUCGAGUCGGAUGGAAAACGAAGCCAUCAGAUCAGGAGACUCUCAUCGGAUCGAUCGACGUUUUCAUUGAUUCUUGGCGGCAAAUCGAUGUGCUCCUGCGAUAUUGCCUCGUGCGGUUGCGACGAUCCGAUGGGUGAAAUACCAGCGUCAAGUGUUCAUCUGAAUUCGCCGCACGGAGUUUUGAUUACACCUCAUGGCGAUGUUCUUGUCGCCGAUUCGGGCAAUGCGAAAAUCAAGAAAAUGACGAAGAGAAUGGCUAAAUAUAAUAGUAAGCAGAGAACGUAUGAAGUCAUCGAUUCUGAAAGGAAUGAGAAGUACAUUUUCAAUCGUCACGGCCUUCACACAUCGACCAGUUCGCUGAUAACCGGAAGAAGCUUGUACAACUUCACGUAUAACGUCGAUUCGCCGAUCGCAUUUCUUUCGGCGAUUCAAGGAUCAUCGGGAUUGACGCUUCGAGUCACUCGCCAUAAUGCGACGAACGUUGAUCUGGAGACGUCCUCCGGCGAUCAUACGAGUUUGCUCAUGUCGGCCUACGACGGCACAUUGGAAAUGGUGUCGAGACGCGGAAGUGCCUUCAAUAUGGACGCGACGAAACUCUCGUACUCGUCUCGCGGACUAUUGCAGUCGAAAAUUGAUGUGGCUGAUGCGAUUCUGUUCGAGUACGAUCCGAUGGGAAGGGCUCAAGGAUUGAAGAAAGCGCGUGAACAUUGGGAGUUGACAAAAGAAAUUGUUUCUCUUGGACGAGUAUUGACGAAUGUUGUCAAAAAUGGACGAGUUGUUCGCCGGGUUCGAAUUGGAGAAGGCGAUAUGGGAAUCGAGGAGAACGGCGCGAGCACAAGACUCAUGACAUUGUGGCGCGAAGGAUUCUCGUUGAGUUCGCCGUACGCGACGUCGUCGCUUUUCGACACAUCGACGCGCGGCGGUGUUCACACGGAGCCGGUCGUCUCGCGACGAAUCACCAAAAUUCCGGCGAUUCAAGACCCCCAGCGACGCGAGUUGACGACACGAUGGAAUUGGCGUUAUGUGGCGAAGCAGAGCGGCGAGAGUCGCAAAAUUGCCGAGGUGGCGUUCAGGCCCAGGAUCAAUGGCGUCAACAUGUUCUCGAUGGAAUAUGACAUUGACAAUCAUCGAGAUACGUUGAAAGCGGGAUCGUCUGAUGAUUCGACGAAUUUGUUCCACGUCGAAUACACCGAUGCCGGCGAGAUACGCAAAAUCUGGACACCGUCCGAAGAGGAGAAUUCGAUUGAGAAGCUGCAAGUCUCGUGGGAUAGUCUUGGACGACCCAGCGAGAUCGCAUGGGGAAGCUGGAAAAUUCAAAAGGCCUAUGAUUCGCUGAAUCGUCUUGUCGAGAUUAGUGAAGAUGGAGCGCGUGUGCCGAUGACGUUGAAUUACACGGGAUUGUCGAGCAGGCCGAGCUCGAUUCGACGCGAUGAUGGCACUUGGAGCGUCCAAUAUGAUAAUUAUGAGCGAGUCAAGGAGGUUGUGAGUCCGACCGGCGAGACGACGACGUUCUCAGCGAUCUCUUUGGGAGCGGGACAAUGGGUCUUUAAACGACGAAGUCCGAUCAACACAAAACCGUACAUGAUUCGACGAGAUGCGGAGGAUCGCAUAUUGGAAGCGAUGUCACCGAACGGUCAACAUCACUAUUUUGUGCGAGGCGAAGAAAAAAUUGAACAAGUGCUGAAUGACGGUCAUACAACGGUCGUGAGCUGCUGGAAUCCUGAAGGAGCGCCACUUUGUUCGAAGAGCAAGUGGAUCACGGAGAAUGUGACGCUUCAGGGGCACCUCGUCGCAAGGCGAAUGAUAACGGCGCUCGGAAAAACAACUGUGUUCACGUAUGAGUAUGACGAUCUUCAACGGGCCGUCUCAAUCCAGCCGAUAAUUGAGAACACUCUGGUUGAAGGAAUUCAGAUCACGUAUGAUGAUCGUACUGGACAUGUAAGCUCGUUGAAUGGAUUUACGCUUAUACGCGAUUCGACGACGACGAGAUGUCAGGGACAUGGAAUGACGAUUGAAACGUCUCGAAUGGACCGACAUCGACAGAUUGUGUCGCGGAAGCUGAUCUACGGCGAUGUUCGUGCCACACUUUUGAUUUCGAGAGAUUCAGUCGGACGGGCGGCCAGCAGCGAACUUGCAGUGACGUCGGACUCUGUGAGAACCUCACAUCAAGAAUCGAGAACGUUUGACGCUAUGGGUCGAGUGGCUAGUUGGCAGUUGGACGAUGAGAAGUUUGGAAUUGGCUACACCAAAGAUGGACGAGUUGAGAAGCUUAACGACAGAAUUGUCGAGUUCCAUCGUGGCGGUUCAUCGAAAGCAUUUGGAGACGCGAUUUAUAGUGUCGAUUCGAAUGGAUGGGUGACGAAGCGAAAGAAUUGCACAUUCCGUUAUGAUGGAAAAGGAAGGCUUAUUACCGCCAAAAGCCCAAUUGGAGAGGACAUCACGAUGUUUUAUGACUUGGAAGAUCGAUUGAUAGCUAUUACGAGAAAGAUGGAGACGAUUUUGAUGUACUACGGUAUUCCGGAGAACCCGAGACUUGUGUCGCACUUCUCGCGAAAUGGCGUGAUUUCGACAAUCUACUAUGAUGGGCAGGCAUCGCCAUUUGCUGUGAUCGCCGACGACGGAUCGAGAUGGGCGGUGCUUGCCGAUGAAGUCAACACAAUGCGGAUUGUGGCGAGCGAGGCGAGAAUUGUUAAAAUGGUAUCGCGAGACAUGUUCGGAGCGGUGUCGGACGACUCGAACCCUCAUGUCUGGAUGCCGUUAGGCUAUCUCGGAGGAAUUGAUAUUCCUGAAGUCAAUGUGACUGUGAUGAAGAAUGGCCGACCGCUGGACUUAGUGACGGGACGAUAUUUGACAAUCUCGCCGGAAGCUGUUUCGCGUCUUGACUUUGAUCGAAUUGCUGACACCAUGGACAUGUUUGCGUUGGAGUCGCCGCCAUUCGAGGUGCCGAGAAUCCCGAUAAGCGUUGAGGAGUGGUUCGAACUUGUCGGCAUGUCGCCAACACUUCUUCCGAACGUUAAUCUUGGAUUGACUCGCCUCAAAGGGCCGGUGGCGCAUCGGCUUCUCGCGUCGUUCCCGAAGAAGCUCACGCCUUUGACGCACAUUGGAACGGUGACGCCGUCGCAGCUUUUGCACAGAACGGACCACGUGCAGAAGCAGUGGUCGAUUGAGGAUAUCGGAUUCUCAAAUCUUUUGAUUGUCAAUGUUGAUGAAAAGGGAUACACUUCAGUCGAUGCAUUGCCAACUUUGGAACCGAAUGAAAUAAGUGUCGCGAAGGCAAUUAUUGAUGGAUCGCAAUUGGUGAAAUUCUCAACUUGGUCCCCGGUCCCAGUGGUGCACCUAUGGCGAAAAACCGAAACUGACAAUUUGUCCUCAUCCUCAUUCCAACACUUCACAUUGGUGGCGAGCCGUGAAAACGUUGAGCUUCGAAAUGGAAAAUCGAAAAUCAUUGUGCAUUUCGCGAAGGAGCUCGACGAGGUCAUGAAGAGGCUGACCGAUGAAUUGCGCACUCGCGAGAGUAUUUCGGUUUGGAAAGCGGAACGCAAGAGAUUGACUUCUGGAGACGAGACUUGGAACUCGUGGAAUCCCAGAGAGCAGAGGGAACUUGAAUCAAAGGGUACUGUAUCGGGGCAUACAAUCGAGAUGAGACCCGCUUAUCGGGACGCCUUAUUUGCCACAAUUCACUCAUGGAAAUUUAAACGUGCCUAA